UAAUGGCGAGCUUGCUGGGAGAAAUUCUGUUUGAGCUCAGUGGACAAGGUCCUGCACCUAUGAAGGACUAUUUCCACUUUGCAAUUACACCUACUGAGGUUGUUUGGAGCUGGUGGAAGAUUUCUUUGAGAUCAGACUGCAGGAGCACACCACCAGGACAACUAAGAGAAUCACAUGAAGACUUCUUAGAAGACAGCCGUCUGCAAAAUCACGUUGCCAUGGUAUUUGGUCCUCGCAUCUUGCAGUACUCCAAAAACUUAUGCCAAGGCCACUAUGAUUACAUUGUCCGUCUCCCCAAUGCUUUGCUUUUCACCAUCAUGGCACAUCUAGACCUUGAAGACAUUUCAGGUCUUUCACGCACCUGCCGUAAGUUUAAAGAGCUUUGUAACUCCGAGGAGUUCUGGGAGCAGACAGUAAGGAAGCAUUGUGACACUGUGACUCCAACAGUGGAAGCUUUAGCUAAGGAGGUUGGCUGGAGGACAAUUUUCUUCACUAACAAGCUGCAGCUGCAGAUGCAGAUUAGCCGCCGGAAGCAGAAGGAGAAUCAGCCCUGUGAGGAUCAAAACGAGCCAAGUUCUUCUUCUGUUCCUUUUGAGUAAAUGGCUUCUGACCCUAUUCAAAGUCUGAUAAAGACUUUCUUUCUCAGAACACCA